UUUUCAUUUUCAGUUUAGAUUUCAGCUGGUUUCGCGUUUAGUGAAGUUGAAAAACAGUGAAAAGAAAAAUAUUUUUAGUAAAGUAAUAAAUUGCAAUGAAAUGUCGUUCCGAGGAAAAGUUUUAGGAUUUGUUGAAGUGAUUUUUAGAAUACCACCAUUAUUUGUGAUCGACGAGAUUUUAAAAAUAGGAAUCCUUGGGAUAACAGAAUUGUCUGAACAUGACUUGUCAGAUAUUGGAGGAAAAUAUGUAAAAUUUGAAAAUGUCCUCAGCAAUGUCACAACAAAUAGCGAGCCCUAUUAUGAUCCCAUGGUUUAUAGAUUAAUCCUAAUGUCUGUUGUUAGACUAUUAGUCAGCACUCUAGGUUGUGCUGUUGCAAUUGGUAUGUUCAUAUUGAGCACCAAACAUCUAGUCGUUGUCUACAUUUACCUCAUGUCAGUUGGAUUGAUAUUCUUCUCCUAUUGGACCAAUGUAAACACAGUAAAUACUAUACUAAAAAUUGAAGGAUACGAAAAUGGAACCAUCAACAUUCUACAUCUACUGACAUUGUAUUGGGAUGGAUUGAUACAGCACAAAGAAUUCUUCAUCAACAUCAUACAGAACUUCCUAUUGCAGUUCUUGUUGUCUGUAGUGUUUACAAACAUCCAUAUGGGCCCGAGGCAUUUUUUAAUGCAAAAAAUGUUGCCCGUCUCUUUCUUGGCACCUACAAUACUGGCAGCACUACCUACCCCAUCAUAUCUCUUACACCACACCCCCAUAGUAGCAGCUCUGAUCCCCCUGGCCUUGGUGAAGUUUGUGCUGUGCACCUCAGCCGUGCAAAUCCUACAGUCCGUCUACUCAGGCUACCUUCAAGCCAAAAACUUCGUCUCCAACUUCGGCAUGUCGGCGCUCGUCGAAUCCGAAUGGCUGAGGCUAAACGUCCCCGAAGUACUCCGGACAUUCUGGAUGCUCCGAGUACUCGAGCACGCCGGAAUAUUCUUCUUCUCCGGCUAUUGGGAUCUCGAAGACGGCAACUCGCCGUACUUCAGGCUUCUGAAGUACUUGAUGGUGACUGGCUGCGACACCUUAACCGCGGUGCUCGGCAUCACCAGCAUCGUCUCUUUUAUCUGCAACUACAUCGGAAAAUUCUUCCAGUGGAUCCUUUUGACUGACGACGAAAAUGACAAGAACUUCGGCACCGUGUCGGCCAUCGUGUUUUACAUUCUCGCCUUGCAAACGGGGUUGACUAGUCUAGAGCCUGACAUUAGGUUCGUGCGGUUGUGCAGGAACUUUUGCCUCCUGUUCACCGCUCUGCUCCAUUUCACCCACAACGUCGUGAAUCCUCUGUUGAUGAGCUUGAGCGCCUCGCACAAUCCUUCGCUUAGGAGGCACCUGCACGCCCUUUUAGUAUGCGGUGUUUUGGUUGUCCUGCCUCUGCUGCUCAUGUACUUCUUGUGGAAGACUCAGGAAAUGUCCACUUGGUUGCUAGCGGUGACUGCUUUCAGCAUAGAGGUGAUAGUCAAGGUUUUUGUUUCCCUAGCUAUCUACUCUUUGUUCCUUCUGGAUGCUCGCAGGGAAACCUUCUGGGAGAAACUGGACGACUAUAUUUACUAUAUAAGAGCCUUCGGCAACACGGUGGAGUUUUGUUUCGGGAUCUUCCUCUUCUUCAACGGAGCGUGGAUCUUGAUGUUCGAGAGCGGUAGUGCCAUAAGGGCAGUCAUGAUGUGCAUUCAUGCAUAUUUCAACAUUUGGUGCGACGCCAAAGCCGGUUGGUCGGUGUUUAUGAAGCGCAGGACUGCUGUGAACAAGAUAGAGAGCCUCCCGGAAGCUGACAAGGACCAGCUUAGGAUGCUGGACGAUGUUUGUGCCAUCUGCUAUCAGGAAAUGCUGUCGGCGAAGAUCACCAAAUGCAGGCAUUUCUUUCAUGGGGUCUGCUUGAGGAAGUGGCUGUACGUGCAGGACAGGUGUCCUCUUUGCCACGAAAUCAUGCAUGCCAUGGAUACGGAGGAGAGGAGAGAGACGUCAGAGUUGGCGAACAAUGAGGAAGAGAACAAUUAUGACAGGUGAUAGGUUUGUGGGGUGUGGUUUAGGGGAACUUUCGCAAUGAGGUUUGAGAGUGUUUUGGACUGAGGUCGUACACGUUUAGGCUGUUAUUGACUUUGAAAUAUGUAUUUUAUUUAUGUCUCUAUUAUCAAGACUAGCUGGUGAAAUAUGUGUUUGAUAAGAGAGCUGAGAUGAUAUUUUUGAUAAUGAGAUAUUACUAGUUGAUCGUGGAAAGCUAAAUCUGCACUGUCAUUGAGAGCUAAUCUUUAUCUGUUAUUUCAAUCUCGGUUAGUAAGAAUCGAAAUUAUGUGUAUCUAGGCGUGGAAUGUAUUAAAUUUUUUAUACAUAGUAACUGUCUGAAGUAGAUUUUGGUUAUCAUAAAAUUUAUUCAACCACUGAUUGGAUUUCCAUUAAAU